AUGGCGGUGCUGCCUGCGGUGCACUCUCUCACGACCCAUACUCACGAUCCGCUCGCUGCUGCAACAGUGCACAUGAGACAAUUCAACGUUGUGGUGCUGGGCGCCGGAGGUGUUGGAAAGUCGGCUCUCACUGUUCGCUUUGUCCGAGACGUUUUCGUGGAGAAUUAUGAUCCAACCAUUGAAGAGCAAUACCACCGCUCAAUAACGGUUGAUGGAGUGUCAUCCUCCCUCGAGGUCUUGGACACAGCUGGGGCAGAACAGUUCAAAUCCCUGAACGAAGUGUAUAUCAAGUCUGGCCAAGGAUUCGUGCUCGUUUUUAGUUUAACUCAGGAAGCGAGUCUCAAGGAAAUCGAAAGCCUGCGCAAGCAAAUCUUCCGGAUCAAGGGGACGGAAUCUAUCCCCAUGGUCGUUUGCGGGACCAAGAGCGAUCUUACGAGCGAAAGGGAAGUGCCAACGACGACAAUAGAAUCUCUAGCCAGUCGGUGGAACCAGCCGUUUUACGAGACCUCGGCGAAACGCAACUGGCACAUCAACGACGUGUUUGAGGAUAUUUUGCGACAAAUGAGGGUCCGUUAUCCUCAGGAAUCCCCUAAGAAGACGGGGAAGAAAAAGACACAGAAAGGACCCUGCAUUGUCAUGUGA